UGCAUACAUGAUCAAGGAGGUCUUGCUGCUCUUGCAUUUGCAGUGUGGUUAGGUAUACAAGCAAAAGUUUCAUAUAGAAUUCUCACGUAAAAUAAUGUGAAUUUUCAGUGGAAGAAAACAAUUCCCAUAGAAUGGUGGUGGAUCAUGAAGAGGGAUCGGAAACAGUAGUUCCAGAAUUUCCUCUGAUUGCAAGAUCUGAGAGUGUUGGGGCAUUUAGUUGGACAGAGAGAAGCGAAGAAGAAGAUGAUGAUGAGACAUCAAGAAGGAGUGGCAUAAUAUUGUUGGAGGUGAAGAAGCAGACGGAGAUUGCUGGGCCUUUGGUUAUGGUUGGCUUUCUGCAGUACGGCGUGCAGAUGAUAUCAGUCAUCUUCAUUGGCCAUCUGGGCGAGCUCUCUCUCUCGAGGGCAACCAUGGCUACUUCCUUUGCUGGAGUCUCCGGUUACUACAUCGUUCUGGGAAUGGCAAGCGCUCUGGAAACCUUCUUCGGGCAAGCCUAUGGCUAUGGAGCAGAGCAGCAUCAUAUGCUUGGCAUACAAAUGCAGCGAGCCAUGCUUGUUCUUAUGCUCUCCUGCCUUCCCAUUUCCCUCAUCUGGGCUUUAACGGCCCAUAUCUUCACACUCUGCGGACAAGACCCCCAAAUUUCAGAACAAGCCGGGAUCUAUGCCCGGUGGCUGAUCCCGAGCAUUUUCCCAUACGGCCUCCUCCAGUGCCAACUGAGAUUCCUGCAGGCUCAAACCAUUGUCAAGCCAUUGAUAAUAAGCUCCAUCAUCAUAACUCUGCUUCAUGUUCUCGUGUCUUGGGCUCUGAUUCAUCGAUUCGCUUUGGGUAACAGAGGCGCUGCCCUGUCUGUUGCCAUCUCUUACUGGAUCAAUGCUCUGAUUCUGGCUGUUUACAUUCGAUCUUCUUCUGCUUGUUCGAAGACUUGGACAGGGUUCUCCAAGGAGGGUGUGAAAGAUCUAGCCAGUUUUCUUUCGUUGGCUAUUCCAUCAGCCUUCAUGGUUUGCCUGGAGUACUGGUCGUACGAGCUUUUGGUUCUCAUGUCCGGUUUUCUGCCUAAUCCAAAGCUCGAAACAUCGAUGAUGGCAAUCAGCUUUGACACAAGUUCACUGGUCUUCAGAAUCCCCUAUGGUCUGGGCAGUGCUGUAAGCACGAGGGUUUCUAACGAAUUAGGCGCAGGAAAACCACGCGUUGCACGUCUGGCUGCACAGAUCGCCAUAUCCCUGGCUGCAGCACAGGGCCUGGUCGUAAGCCUAACCAUGUUUUCAGUCAGAAACGCAUGGGGCUAUAUGUAUACCAACGAAGAGGAAGUCGUGAAAUACAUGGCUUCUGUGAUGCCUGUGCUUGUGAUUUCCACCUUCAUGGAUGGAAUUCAGGCUGCACUUUCAGAUUUUCGUGCUGCAAAAGGCAUUGCAAGAGGAUGCGGUUGGCAGAAGAUGGCAGCAUUUGUGAAUCUAGGAGCUUAUUACCUUGUUGGCCUUCCUCUGUCGAUCAUCUUAGCUUUCGUGCUCGACCUUGGAGGAAACGGCCUGUGGAUGGGGAUAAUAAGUGGGACUGGUUCACAAGCGUUACUAAUUUUGGUUCUUACCAUUCACACAGAUUGGGAGUAUCAGGCGAGAAAGGCCAGGGAAAGAGUGGAUUCAUCGAGUGGCACUGCAAUGGAAAUAGAGCCAGAAAACAGAUUCAGCUCUGCAGCAACUGUUUCAUGUGAAAAGCCAUAUCAAGAAGCUAUAUGAAUUAACCAACUUUGUAGAGCUUAGGAAAAACUUUCUCCACAAAACUCCUCUUGGGGCUUUCAGUAGAUACAAAUUCACGAAAUUAAUUUGGAUUUAGUUUUGUUGCUUA